CACGGUGUCACGGUGUCAUGGUGUCGCGGUGUCACGGGCUGUCCCGCAGGUGACGGCGCUGUGCCUGUGCCCGGAGCUGAUGAAGGACGAGUCCCUGCCCAGCGACGCCAAGGAGCGCGCCCAGCGCCUGCUGGGGGCCUGCGGCGGCCAGAGCGCCGGCUCGUACAGCGCCAGCCCGGGGCUGCAGCUCGUGCGCGAGGACGUGGCGCGCUACAUCGAGCGUCGCGACGGUGUCCCCGCCAGCGCCGACGACAUCUUCCUGUCCACGGGCGCCAGCGACGCCAUCGUGGUACGGCGACACCGCCACCACCCCCUGUCCCCGGCGACACCGCGGGGACAGCGGGCGCGGUGCCACCCCCGCCCGUUCCCACGGCGCGGGGACAAAGGGACAUUUGUGCCCGGGGGUGGCGCGUGCCCGCUGUCCCCGCGGCUGCCCUGGGGACAGUGCCAGCCGCGUUGUCGCCGAGCCCGGGGGGUUGCCCUGGUGACGGUGGCGCUGUGCUGUCCCCUGGUGUGUCGCCAAGUUGUCCCCGAGUUGGUGUCGCCGCGGUGCCCCCGUGCUGGCCGUGCUGUCCCCUCGUUGUCCCCAUGGCCGCCCCGGCCGUGUCGCUGCGGUGUCCCCUCGUUGUCACCACGAUGUUCUGAGUGCCACCCCAGCCUGUCCCCUCAUUGUCCCCAUGUCCCCUCAUUGUCCCCUCGCUGUCCCCUCAUUGUCCCGAUUCCCACCCCAACCUGUCCCCUAAUGUCCCCCCACU